CUACGACACAAUUUUCUAUAUUGUUAUAAAUUAAUUUUUCACUUUUAAUUAAAUCAUUUAAUUAACUCGCAAGAAAUUUUCAGAUGGGCAUCACUGGUACCAAUUCGUAGCAUAUUUUUGUACUUUGACAAAUGUUUUAGGAGAAUGGCUGAAGUGAUGUAUUUGUCAAGACCUUGCUAAUGAGAACACAGGUGCAAAUGAGGUUUAAGUUAUGAAACACUGAGAGUGAGUCACAUUUUAGUGUGCGGUGUAGGUAUUAUCAGCUAGCUGUUAGUGAUAACAGGUGGAUCUUUGUUAACUGUAGCUGCAGCUCUGAGCUUGUAAGUCCAGCUUCAGUGUAGCUCAAUUAUCAUGUCAGGUUACCAGUUCGGUGGCUUUGGAGGAUAUCCACCUCACCAAGAAGUGCCAGGAGGUUUUCCUCCACCACCUCCUGGCGCUUAUCCUCCACCAACCCCAGGCGCUUAUCCUCCACCAACCCCUGGCGCUUAUCCUCCACCACCUCCUGGCGCUUAUCCUCCUCCCGGUGCAUGGAUACCACCAAACCAAGGUUAUGGCUGGCUGCAGGGGGCUCGUCCACUUCACUGCCAAGGUGAACUGCACUGGAUCCACUGCGAGCCAGGGGAGAUUCCACAAAAUGCGGUUUAUGCGGGAAGAGACAAGGACGGAGGUCCCCUGUACGCGGGUAGAGCUUAUCAUGGAGGAGAUUUGCUUCCAGCCAAGAUCGCACCUUCUCAUCACAAGGCUUACGUGCCUUGGGGAGGCAAGGAACAUGAAGUGAAUCAGUUUGAGGUACUGAUCAGUCAUCAAGUUGCCUGGGUAGAAGAUCGUGACGGGAGAGUUCCACCCGAGGCAGUCGUCGUUGGACAAACUGUGGAUGGAGAAAACUUGUACAUGGGUAGAACAAUGCAUGAUGGGACACUCACUCCUGGGAAGAUCCAGCCAAGUCACCAAUGCCUUUAUAUUCCAUAUGGAGGAGAAGAGUUGAAAUAUCACACAUACGAGGCUCUAGUUUUAAGUUGUUGAAUUCCUACAGCUAUAAUUUAAAAAGUAAAAUCACUGUAAAAGAAUAUUUAAAACGUUUUUUGUAUGAAAUUCACUUGUAUUCAUUAAAAUAAAGCUAGAAAUUGUC